AAAAACCGUGAAAAUGAGUGAUUCUCUAGUCAGCGUGAAGGAUGAAUUUGUCAUUUCCGGCGCGCCAGGACCAUCAGACAUUACCGAGGGAUGUGGUUCUUUAGGAAUGUUUUUGUAUAAAAGGUUACUAGGAAAUGGCGAUGGCGUAGCUGUGAUCGAUGGCGUAUAUUCAAGUGAACUUAGGUACUUGGAGUUGCUGGAGAACGCUGUGCGAUUGGCCGAUUGUCUGCUACGGUGUACCGAUCUAAGGUCAGGCGAUGUUGUUGGAAUUGUGAGCGAAAACCGUUUGGAGUUUCCUGUAGUACUAUAUGCUGCAUUUUUCAUAGGCGCCACGGUUGCUCCAAUUAAUCUAACGUAUACUGAACGUGAGUUCGACCAUGCGAUCAACUUAUCGAAACCAAAAAUUAUGUUCAUAUCGCCCUACUCAGCUGAGCGAGUCGUAUCCGUUGCUCGCAAAAAUCGUUUUAUUGAUCGUUUGAUUCUCUUUGGAGAUGAAAAUCCGUUCGCGUCUGAUGUAACCCUGUACGAGAAGUUUCUAACUCAAACUAGUCCGCUCAAUCCUCACACCUUCCCCAUUUAUCCAACGAACGUGGACGAACAUGUGGCACUUAUUCUUUGUUCAUCCGGAACUACAGGCCUACCGAAAGGGGUACAGCUGACGCAGCGAAAUGUGAUGGCUAGUGUUGCAUUGUUAUGCGACCUAAAGUCUUCCUUCGAAGUGCCUCUGGUGGUGUUGAGCGUUAUACCGUGGUUCCAUGCGUUUGGUUGCCUAACGCUAAUUAACGUACUGUGCAACAAACUGAAGCUUGUGUCGCUGCCCAAAUUCGAGGAAGGUUUAUUUUUAAGUUGUAUCGAGAAUUAUCGUUGUUCGUUUGUGUUUGUAGUGCCACCAUUGAUGGUUUUUCUAGGGAAGCAUCCGUUGGUGGAAAGUUAUGACCUAUCCUGCAUAAAUACGUUGAUUUGUGGAGCUGCCCCGCUCAGCAAAGAGACUGCAGAGUUGGUUAAGAAGCGCAUUGGUGUGAAAUACGUCCUGCAAGGUUAUGGAAUGAGCGAAACAACGCUAGCGACGUUGUUGCAGCCCACCGACUCAAAUAAGCCGGGAAGUGUAGGAAGGCUUCAGAUAGGCACUCAGGCAAAGGUAAUCGACACCGAAACAGGAAAGCCUCUUGGGCCCAAUCGCCCCGGCGAGUUGUUGUUCAAAGGUACACAAAUUAUGAAGGGUUACAUCGGAAACGAAAAGGCGACCAACGAGACGAUAGAUAAGGAUGGUUGGCUACGUACCGGCGAUAUCGGCUAUUACGAUGAGGAGAACGAUUUUUACAUUAUUGACCGACUAAAAGAGUUAAUUAAAUAUAAAGGCUACCAAGUCCCGCCAGCUGAGAUUGAGGCUAUCCUUCUGGCGAAUACAAACAUCAAAGACGCAGGCGUAGUCGGGGUUCCAGACGAAACGGCCGGCGAGUUGCCAUUAGCUUUCGUCGUCAAGCAACCCGGUGCCUCGCUGACUGAGAAAGAAGUGCGACAGUAUGUGGCAGAACGGACAUCACCAGCCAAACGACUGCACGGUGGUGUUCGUUUUGUGGAAGAAAUUCCAAAAAACGUGAGCGGUAAAAUCUUAAGACGCGAACUUCGUGCUAUGCUCCAGCAGCGCCCUAUGGCAAAACUGUAGUUGGCAUUUCUUUCCUUUGCAUAUUUGGCUUCCGGCUGCCGAUUAUGCGAUGGCAAUGAGCCAUGAGUUAUGGGUGGUUUUUUUUAUCUUUACAGCGAAAAUACAAAUGGUGAUGGCAGCUAGCUUUUGAUGUGAGCCAAUUUAAUGUAUCGAUGUUUUCAACAAAUAAAAAUCUCAACAUAGCA